AUGCGGACAAAACGCCGUCGCCGUCCCCGUUCCCAGAAUUUCGCAGCCUCCGGGCCAAUCAGAGGCUGUGGCCCCGGGACGUGUUCCCCCCCCCCUCCACUCCCCCCGCCGGGCCCGGGCCUAGGCGGGUGCACCGCAGAGAGCACCGGGCACGGCCUCUCCCUGCGCAGGUUUCUCCCACCCUGGCGUGGGCGCAGUGACGCGUGUGCGUGGGCUGGUGUUGAUGCUGCUACAGAGCAGGUACGUCACUUGUCGUAUUGGCACGGAGGUGAGUGUGUUUCGAAGUGGACAAAGAACAAUGAUACCGCACUAGGAUGCGUAUUGAGGGAGGUAUGGUUGAUGGUUGAAACUGGCUCUGUGUUUUUUUUAUCUCCUGUAUGUAUGUUUCUCGUGAUUCGAGAACCCCAGGUAAUAUAUUUGUAUUCUGGAUCCGAUGCGAUAAGCUCUGCAACGGUUUUUUGCUGA